AUGACAGCCAGAAGCCUCAACCUUCCAGUAGCUGUACUCCAGGAUCGCUAUCUCAGAACUGAAAAUCCAAACUAUAGAGGAUAUUCAGAUGCUAAAGAUUACAACUUGGCGCUUUCAAAGUUACCUGGCUGGGAGCAAAGAUUGAAUUCCCUAUUAUUGGAAAAUCGAUAUGCAGAAGCAAUAUUGUUCAUUAAUACUGACCCCUUGAUGGUCAGCAUAGGUUUCUACAAAAAAAUUAAGCUUUUAAUGAGAAUACAUAUCCUAAAUACACAUUACAAGGCUCUUUUAGACUUCGAACCCAGACUCAACGUUCAAGCAAUUACAUCUGAUUCUAGUGAAUUUUCGGACUUUAUCGAGUGUAAAUUACUAUUGAUAUUAAAUUGGUAUCUUAGAGGUGAAUUUCAUCAGUGCUUGCAAAGGUUCAUACAACUAUUGAUAGAUAUACCUAAUUUGGUGGAUAUAAUGGAAAAUUUACCAACAAAUGAUGUGUUUGUGACUACAGAAACUAUUUUGUAUAUUGUGACAAUGUGUGCGUUAAUUACUAUCCCCUUAGACAAUUUGGACACGUUCAUUCAUCUAGCGGAACUCGAGCAGUUCAAUGAAAAAUUCAACACUCUCAUGGUAAAGGCGCGUUUAAUUAUUGGUAGUAAAUUCAGACGUUUUUUCAAAUGGUGGCACAACGAUAUGAAUGACAUAUGUUCCAAUAACUAUUUCUUGAGUAAAAAAUGGGAACUUGUUUCUAGUACCAUGCGCCAAAAGAUUUAUGCUUUCUAUUUGAGAAUAUCAAAUAAAUUGAAGAUAAGCUACCUUUCAGAAAAGCUUGAAAUACCUUUAGACGUGGUAAACCAAGAGGUUAAUCAGUUAAUCAGAGAAGCUUGCUUGAAUUUUAGAGUUCAGGACGGGUUCGUGUACUUUUUGCCAUACGAUGCAAGGGAUGCUCUGGUGCAUAAUAUAAUAAAGGAAGAUAUUCUAUUGAAUAAGAAACUUACGCGCUUACGACAUCAAAACAGCAAUCUCAAACUGGUGAUUGCAGAAAAUCUUUCAGUGAGAAGAAAUCGACAGCAACAUAAAACGAAAUGCCCUAAUGAGAAGCCUAUGGACCAAGAAGAGAUAUUUGCUAACAGCGAUAGCGAAAUGUCUAAUGAUAACACGGAUAGUUUCGGCUAG